AUGACUAAAGACAGACUUCCAGAAUUGAAAGCAAACGCUAAAAAAUAUACAACUGGUGAAAAUAUCAGUAUUAUCAAUAAUCUUGCUGUUAAUAACAUGGAAAAAUCUUUUAUGAUCGAUUUUUUUGAUGAAGUUGAUGAUCUUGGGAAUAUUAUUGAUCAUAUUGCUGAUCUCAUCGAUCAUAUUGAAUAUUUACACAAUGUUAUGUUAAUAUCACCAUAUGAUUCUGAAAUAAAAGAUGAACUUGAAGACACAAUGACAGAAGUACGGCAAUUAAGUGAUGAAGUUCGAAAACAUUUAAUAAAAGUGAAACAAAUGCACGAAAUAGAAACUAAUAUUCAACAAAAUAACGUUCGUCAGCGUAUUAUUGAAGCUCAAUUGAAUUAUAUAACAAAACGUUUUUGUAAAUUAAUGAAUAAAUAUUAUGGAUCAGUAAUUACUUAUCGUGAAAUAUGUAGAACCAGAGUUGUUUCUAGUCAAUGUCAAAUAGCUGAAAUUAAAAAAAAUGAUAAUGAAAUAGAAGAACUUCCACUAAAUGGAGAAUCAAUUGUUUAUCCACAAGUUACAAUCGAUAUACAGCAAAGCAAACAAGUAUUAAAUGAUAUGAAAAAACGUUGUUCUGAUAUUAUGCUAUUUAAAGAUAGUAUUCAAGAAUUACAUGAUAUGUUUGUUUGUUUAGCUAAUGUAAUUGAAUUAGAAGGAAUGAAAGUUAAUUCUAUCCAAGAUAAUUUAUCCAAAGUUGCCGUACAUACCAUAAAAACUAAAAAUAUUAUUCUUGAUGCUAAAAUUAUAAAUCAUUCUGCAAAAAAAGUUAGUAAACAAAAUUUAGAUUGUUUUUCUUAUGCAAAAAAAUCAUUUUUUAAAGUUAUUUAG